UAGAAGGAAGCAAGAAUUCGUUCGAAAUCAGUUUCAACAUGGCGUUCAAUGGUGAAGGUCCGAUGAUUAAGCGUCAGCGAACUGAUUUGGAAAGUGGUCAGCAUAGGAAUCAUGGUGACCAAUAUGCUGCUUAUGGAGAUGAGCCCAGAAGAAAAAGAACGGAGAAUGAAAAGCCAAAUCAUGUGCUCUUAUUCACGGUAUUGAACCCCGUGUACCCCAUCACAGUGGAAGUGCUUCACACCAUUUGCUCACCCAGCGGCCAAGUGCUUCGCAUUGUGAUAUUCAAGAAGAACGGUGUUCAAGCUAUGGUGGAGUUUGACAGCAUUGAAUCGGCAAAAAGAGCCAAAGAAGCUCUGAAUGGUGCCGAUAUUUAUUCAGGUUGCUGUACGUUGAAGAUAGAUUUUGCGAAGCCAACUAAACUGAAUGUUUACAAGAAUGAUGCAGAAAGCUGGGAUUACACCAAUCCAAAUGUUGGGAUCAAACAAGAGCUUCCUGUUGCUGGUCGCCCAGCACCACUUCUACAAGAGCCGCGGUUUGGCGCUGGCCCUCAGCCUUAUCGUGGGGAUGGAAUGCGAGGUGGUGGCGGUGGUGGUGGAGGUGGUGGUAUCCCACCAUAUGCGCCUGUUCCUCCUGAUCGCUAUGAUGAUGGUUAUCAGAAUGGACCUGGUUCUGGUCCAUAUCCUGACCAUUAUCCAGAGCGCUACCAGCCUGUUGACAGAUAUGCUCUGAAACCUGAUUAUGGAAGAGAGCCAAUUCAUCCAGCUCCUCCAAGACCAGGAUUUGGGCCACCAGCAUUGGCACAGACACCAGGUGGACCUGCUCCUGCGGUGCCCCAGCAAGGCUCUGUGAUGAUGGUUUAUGGGUUGAAUCUUGAAAAAGUCAAUGCAGAAAAGCUCUUCAAUUUGUUUUGCCUUUAUGGCAAUGUUUUGAGGAUCAAAUUCUUGAAAACAAAAGAGGGAUGUGCAAUGAUCCAAAUGGGUGAUGGUUUGGCAGUAGAACGAUGCAUUCACAAUUUGAACAAUGUUCCUCUUCUGGGCUCCAGAUUGCAGUUAGGGUUCUCCAAGCAAGCAUUUUUGAGUGAUGUGCAAAAUCCUCAUCCACUACCAGACAAGACCCCUUCUUUCAAAGAUUUUAUGGGGAACAAAAACAACAGGUUCAUUAAUCCAGCCAUGGCCAGUAAGAACAGGAUACAACCACCCUCAAAGAUAUUGCAUUUCUUCAAUACACCUCCAAAUUUGUCUGAAGAUACACUGAACAAAGUAUUUGAGGAAAAUGGUGUUCCACCACCUAAGACAGUUAAACUUUUUCCUCUUAAAACUGAUAGAAGCUCUUCUGGUUUAAUUGAAUUUGAAGAUAUUGGACAGGCUGUUGAAGCUCUCAUGAUGUGCAACCAUGUGCCAAUUCAAAAUCCAGGUGGAAAAUUUCCAUACAUCAUGAAGCUUUGUUUCUCAUCAUCACGUCAGAUUCCAAAUUCCAUGCGCCAUGGAAGUGAUCAGCAACAGUCAUCUCAGCAACAACAGUCUCAGCAGCAGUCACAACAGCAAGACGAGAUGCAAAACAACGGACAGUAGACACUUCUCAGCUUUCUCAUAAGGUCCUUUAAUAUUACAUGCUUAAUUAAGUUGCAGCUCUUAGUGUUAUUUUUUCACGUGAUAAAAUUCAAUUAAAAUUUGUAUUAAAAGACCUCAUGUAAAAAAAAAAAUCUUUUAGAACAGCCUGAAUGCUCACUCCAGUUACUUUUUUUCCCCUGUGCAUACUUCACAGAUGAGCAUGCAAGUCAACCUUUUGUUGAUUAUCAGAAUAACUCGUAUAAAGCUGUCUGCUGUAGUUCUUUCAUGUGUAACAUGUAGGGUAAUUUACGUUACUUAGAGCAACUGUGUGUCUAUAGAUUUCUCUGUUUACAGAUAAUAUUCCUUUCUUUCAAAAAGACAAGACUUCAUCAGAUAUAAAUUCCCUUCCAGUUAGUUUAAGAAACACAUACAGUGAGAAGUUUUAUAAAACAUCAGCUGUUUCAAUGUGAUUCUAAUUUUGAAUGUUUAUGAUCACUUCCACCUCGCAGUUGGCAUUAAUACUAUUAAAUUUAUUCGGUUUGUGGCAGCAUUUGAGAUACCACUUUCUUUUGACAAGAGUUUUUUCCUUGCUCUCGUGUUACCCAUUGUCUUUUUCAUUUCUUCUUUGGUUUUUCAUAUUCAUUUAGAAAUUAUGUAACACUUUUAUCUACACAUGUAAAACUUCCAGAACUGUGAUUGAAAUGCUAAUGUAUAUCUUUGGAUAAUUUCUCUUUAGCAGCACUUGAUUAAUUUUGUAUCGUGGUUGGAAUUUUGUUUCCAUUAUUUGCUGCAGAAAUGUGGAGUUGUAUUUUACUGUAUGAUACAACAACAGUUAUCGGUGUUAAAAAUUUGGCAGUGAUUGAAAGAUAAAGCUAAGCUAGAGAGCAAGUGGAAAAGUUCAAAUUUACAGUGAUCAACACAAAGUGAAGGAAGGCCAAAAGCGCAGCAAAUAAAUGGUGCCAUAGUCAUUGCUGCAAACAGACUUAACACAAAUCCUCACAUUAAAGUGUGAGGUGAAUCUAAAACAUAUCAAUAUAGUGCUUAUAUAUACAUAUAUAUAUAUUUAACAAAAAUCUGGAAAGUAUACUAUUUUGAAAGUAUCAUUCCAUAAUUUUUAAAGAUGUAUUGGUGUUUUUUACAUAUUGAAUGUGUAGUGUAUCCAUGUCUUAUAGCGAGUACAUUUGCUGUCCUGCACUCCUUGGUCUUCCUGCAGACUUUGUUUUAGAACAUUAAGUUCAGUUUUGUUCUGCUAAAUGGAUGUGAAACUUAUAUUUUGAGAGAGAAAUAUUUAAAUGUACUUUCAGUACGAACCACUGCUUAUGAAAGACAGUAGUUUAAGGUAGUAUUAUUUUUUAAGGCAUUGGAUAAAGGAUCCUAACCGUAAAUAAGGUUCCUGUGUCCAGGUUGUAUAAUUAGACCUAUACCCGCAUUUUAGGUGUCCAUUACUUUUGUACUGAUAAGUUCAAAUAAAAUUUUCCUUUACAUUA